AUGCAGACAAUCCGUGGCGAUACCCUCAACAACCUUAGAAAAGGCACUAUACACUUCUCACCACCGGACGCCAGCCGCCCACUUCGGGAUAUCACCAGCCUCGACUUCUUCGACAUCAACUACCGGUACAUAUCAAAUACCGUUGUGGACGCCGAGUCCGAGACGUGGGCCGGAUCCGGAGUCGACGUGUACUUCCGCGCGGACGGCGAAACCGUGUCCAGCCUGGCGUCGAGCGGGACGUCCCCAAACAUCUGGAUCGCCGCCGACAGUCUGGCCAAGAGCUUCUACUCGACCAUCAUGACCGACCUAGGCCAGACCGCCACCACCACCACCACCGCCACCACCACCAGCAGCGGUGUGCCCCCUAAUAUCCUCACCAACGCGACCGCGCUGCAAUACUUUAGCAAGAACAUCACGUACAUGCAGGGUUUCAUCGUGAACGCGAUCCCGGGCCCCGCCAACGACAGCUACAAGGCAUUGAAGGACCAGACGGGGCCGCUGGGGACGUCUCCCGCGGUAAUCUCGACAAAGUACCUGUGCCAGGUCCCGAAGCGGAAAUCCCUGGGCACGCUCGUCGUGUCGAUCCUCGUGGCCGACCUGGUCUUCCUGCAGGCGCUCUGGAAGGUCUUCACCCUAGGCACGGAGGCGUGGCUGACGCACAAAGAUCCUCGAGGUAUGUAUGGAGGUUCCUAUUGA